AUCUCUCUCGAACUCUCCCUCUUUCUUCAUACUCGUUUUGAAAGACCUAGCGAGUGGUAGAAGAGAAACGUGGUCGCUGAGCGAUACUUUUCAUCUCACAAUGACUGCUCAACCUUCCAAAGCUGUUCCCGUGGAGACACAGCACGAGGACAUGAUCCAUGACUCUCAGCUCGACUACUAUGGUAAAAGACUCGCCACUUGCUCCUCUGACAAGACCAUUCGUAUCUUCAACGUCAUCAGGGGCGAAGCAAAGGGCGAGCCUGUCAUCUUGAAAGGACAUUCCGCAGCCGUUUGGUCGGUCGCCUGGGCACAUCCCUCCUUCGGCUCAAUACUCGCUUCAUGCUCCUACGAUGGCAGAGUCUUCAUAUGGAAGGAAGUUGGUUCCGGUCAAGCCAAAGGCGGCGGCGGGGAGUUGCAGGAUGGAUGGGAACGCAUCAAAGAGCACACACUACAUACUGCCAGUGUCAACUCUAUAUCAUGGGCUCCUUACGACUUGGGACCCAUCCUUGUCUGUGGCUCCAGUGAUGGCAAGGUUUCCGUCUUGACUUUCCAGAAUGAUGGCUCAACCGAUGCCUCCAUCUUCCCCGCCCACGGCACUGGCGCCAAUGCCGUUUCCUGGGCACCGUCGGUCGUCUUCACAGCCCCACUUCAAGCCACCGCAACGUCUCGUCCCGCCGGUCCAACAUCAUCUUCCCAGCUGGCAGUACAGAAGCGCUUCGUGUCUGGUGGUAAUGACAACCUCAUUCGGAUAUGGACGUACGAUGACGUAGCGAAAAAAUGGGAGGAGGAAGAGGUGAUCAAAGGACACGAUGAUUGGGUUCGGGAUGUAGCUUGGGCUCCAAAUAUCGGUCUACCCGGUAUGUACAUUGCGUCUGCAUCUCAGGAUCGCACCGUACUCAUACACUCUCGUCCCUCCCCUUCAGCGCCAUGGACGUCUACCGCACUCCUCCCCUCCGCACCAAACUCCAAAGACCCGCACUUCCCCGACGCGGUAUGGAGAGUAAGCUGGUCACUAGCGGGCAAUAUUUUGGCCGUUAGCUGUGCCGAUGGAAAAGUCAGUCUGUGGAAAGAAGGCGUCGACAAUGUGUGGGAGUGUGUGAGCGACUUCACGAGCUAGUCACGUCACUCGAAUCGCGACGAGGAAGGAGGAUGAGAAGCAAGCAUUGUCCGACCGUGAGCUGAAGUGACUGGAGGGCGUCAAGAAGCCGCGGAGUCGUGCAUAGAUCCAUGUUUAUCCGUCGGGUCUUUCUCUCAUGCCUAUGAAAAUACAUGUCACGUUC